AUGGCAAGUUACACGAUUGAGCAGCACGUCCAGAUGAUAAAAUUUUAUUAUCAAAAUGAGUGUUCAUUAGUACAAACGUUGCGCGCAUUACGUCUAUUUUACGGCAGACGCGGUGGCCCUUCAAAGUCGACUCUCCAACGUUUGGUGACCAAAUUCGAGACGACUGGUUCGGUAAACAACCAACCAACACUCUUACGUCAAAGGAACGCCAGAUCGGCCGAGAAUAUCGCUGCUGUCCGUGAGAGUAUGCAGGAGACUCCGAGGCAGUCGAUUUCUCGCCGUGCACAAGAACUCGGCCUUUCGCAGACUUUAAGUUGGCGAAUUUUGCAUCAGGACUUAAGCCUACACCCGUACAAGACCCAACUGACCCAGGAGCUUAAAGUGAAUGACCAUAGACAACGCCGUUUGUUCGCUGACUGGGCUACAGAACGUUUGGAAGAGGACCCCGAUUUUGGCCGAAAAAUCAUCUUUAGCGACGAAGCGCACUUUUGGAUGAAUGGUUUUGUUAAUAAGCAAAAUUGCCGUAUAUGGGAGGACCACAACCCACAUGAGGUUCACCAGGUGGUAAUACAUCCACAAAAAGUUACUGUUUGGUGCGAAUUUUGGGCCAGCGGCGUCAUCGGUCCGUACUUCUUCGAAAACGAUGAUGGCGAGGGCAUUACUGUCAACGGCGAGCGCUGCAGAUCAAUGAUUAACAGUUUCUUUUGGCCUGAAUUGAACAAUAUGGAUGUGGAUAACACGUGGUUCCAACAAGACGGCGCUGCGUGCCACACAGCGAGCGACACAGUGGCUAUUCUGCAUGAACGGUUCGAGAGUAGGAUUAUCUCUCGCAGAGGUGACGUGAAUUGGCCACCGAGAUCAUGCGAUUUGACCCCGCUAGACCUUUUCUUGUGA